GGGGAAAUUAAAGAGUUCUGAGCAGCCAGAGUGAGGAAGCUCUGCCACCCCAUUUCUACGGGGAGAGGAAUUGUCCCCCAAGGAAAUGAACAGAAGAAAAUUGUGGAAGACAAUUCACACCAGCAUCAGAAGCAUGAAGCAGCAUUCAGGAGGGUUGAAGGCAGCUAGCUAUGGACCAAAUCCAAUUUGCAAAGGCUGUUUAUCUUGUUCAAAGGAUAAUGGGUGCAUCAGAUGCCAACAUAAGUUAUUCUUCUUCCUACGAAGAGAAGGAAUGAGGCAAUAUGGUGAAUGCUUACAUUCCUGCCCAUCAGGGUACUAUGGACUCCGAACGCCAGAUAUGAACAGAUGUUCAAGUUUAGGAUGCAGAAUAGAAAACUGCGAUUCCUGCUUUAGCAGAGACUUUUGUACCAAAUGCAAAACUGGCUUCUACUCGCACAGAGGCCGCUGCUUCAGAGGGUGCCCCCCUGGAUUUGCAGCCUUGGAAGAGAUUAUGGAGUGUGUGGAAGGCUGCGAGGUGGGUCAGUGGAGUGAGUGGGGAACUUGCAGCAGAAAUAACAAAACGUGUGGAUUUAAAUGGGGCCUGGAAACAAGAACAAGACAAAUUGUGAAAAAGCCAGCGAAAGACACAAUACAGUGUCCAACCAUUGCAGAGUCCAGACGGUGUAAAAUGGCCAUGAGGCAUUGUCCAGGAGGAAGAAGGACGACAAAAACAAAGGACAAGAAAAAGAAGAAAAAGAAUUUGAUGGAAAGGGCUCAGAAGCAGCACAGCAUCUUUCUAGCUACAGAUAAAACAAGCCAGUAGAGACUUGAUUUUUUUAAUAUAUAUUUUGCAAAGUGCACAAAAGCUGCUAUAUGCUCCUGCCCAUGGAUGCACUACGAUUCAGCUGCUUUGACAGUAUUGGUGGCAAAUAACUUGUGAAAAAAGCCCACAAGCUUGUUUGUUUUAUUUAUAUGUUUUUUAUUUUAUUUUUCUCUCUUAUUUUUGACCUGGAGACUUCAAGGUCAGGAGUGCACUGCGUUGAAUCAGUGGAGGCGGUGCUGAAGUGUGUCAAAGGUUUAGUUUGAGUGCCUGGCCAACAUGUUGACAUGGAAUGGAAGCAGGAAAGAAAUCUACACGUCACCAUCAGGCACACUUGUGCGUAUUUAAAUAACGAAGAGGAA